UUGUACAUGCAGGCUUUGAACGAGGAGAAGCAGAUCGAGAAGACCAUACAAAAUCUGCUCUACUUGGAACCCCCAGCUCAUGAAGUGAUAGUCAUAGACGGCGGCAGCACAGACAGGACUGUGCAGCUUGCUCACGCUGCUGGGGCAACCGUGCUGCAGUCUGGCAAGGGGCGAGCAGUGCAGAUGAACCAUGGAGCGUUACAUGCAGCUGGUGAUAUUCUGUGCUUCCUCCACGCAGAUAGCACACCUCCUAGAGGUUUAGUCGCUGCAGUGCGCCGGGCGCUGGCGGAUCGGAGGGUAGUCCUGGGGGGCUUCAGAACUGUGAUUGAAGGGCAAGACCGCCCGCUCCUUUUCAUGACUGUCCACCAGUAUCUGAAGACCUAUUACCUACCGCUGCUGCUGCGUCCGCUCUCUUUCUUCAGGGGUGCGCGCUGUCUAUUCGGGGAUCAGACAUUAUUCUGCCGAGCGUCUGACUUCCAGCGAGUUGGCGGAUUUGAUGGAAGCCUGCCCAUCAUGGAGGAUGCUGACCUGGGCAUCCGCAUGCAUGAGGCUGGGCCCCAGCCGCCUUUGCCAGCUGUGCAGCAAGAAGACACAAGAAGAUCGAGGCGCCAGUCACUUCUCAGCGGUGUCAAGCACUGGACUAGGCGGCGUGGGCAAGUCGUUAUGGUCAAUAGUCCACAUGCGCGCACCAGUGGAAGGCGGCUGCAGGCGUGGGGCAAUGCACAUGCAACCGCGGUCCACUUCAUCCUGGGUAUGAGCUGGUAUCUGGGCGCAACCCCAGAUCAGAUGCGCCGCUUGUAUGCUCGUCUGUACACUGACAGCUUUAGGUGAGGAAUAGAAUACACUGAACUUAUGGACAUGAGAGAGAGAGAAAGAAAAUCAUAACUAUUUGCCAGCCAACAAGGCUGAUUAGAUGUACAAAGAUGUGACGAUUGCGCAUGUGAAAUUUUGUGGGCCGGCAAAAUGCACUUGUCAUAGUGUCAGUCAAGAAGCCCUCUUUUC